CAUCUGACAACGAUACAAUAAGGAUCAUAAAGGGAUUAGCGUUGGGUUUUCAAGCUACCUGGCGAGAGUAUAAAAGAGCUGUGCUCGCUGGACAAGACAUCAGUCAACAAUCACGACACAGACAGCGAACAUGUCUCGCCGCCAACGUUUAGAAAUUGCACUAAGCAUUUUGCCCUACGAUCACAAGUUGAUCAAGUUCAGCGAAGCACAAAAAAAGGUCGCCGAUCUUGUGGCCAAAUGCACAAACGAUGAACCUUGCACAGCUAAGGGAAAAGUUGAAAAACCGAAAGUGAAGGAAAUGACAAGCGAGGAAAAAGCUCGCCAACAGGAAAGACAAGCCGCUGGGUUCGCUGAGCUCGCCAUGCGUCACAUUGAGGAAACCGAUCGUGAAACAGCUCCCAAACCUAUCAAGAAACAGAUCAGCACAAUUGCCACACUGGCCAUGGCUGCAGAGAAACUCAUGGAAACACCGCCACCUGAAGGCAAGGAUGAGCCGAUGGAUACUCAAACUGAUAACGAUCCGAAAAAGGAUGUCGAUGUGGAAACAUACGAGCGCCGCAUUCUCGAGGAGAACACUAUUGCGGCAGUGAACGCUGCUCGUGUCAAGAUGCUGCAGAAUUGGAAUAAGUGCAAGUUGACAGCUCUCGAGCUGCUGACCAAGGAGAUGGACAAGUUGCACGAUGGAGAGAGAAACCUGAACGUCUCAUUGGGUCGCACUCCCAUCACCCCGAGCACUGAAAGGGCCCCCGAGACGGCUGAGGAUGACAUCAUCGAUCAGCACGAUUAUGACGAUGAUUAUGUGCCCAGCACCAAGAAGACUAAGAAGAAGCCGGCAGUGAAACGCAAGCGUGUCAAGGCCAAACGGCGUCUUGCCUCCACCUCAUCGAGUGGCAGCAGUAACAAGCCAGCCUUUGAGUUCGAAAAGGAUCCGAACUCCACUCACAUCGUACUCGGACCACAGGGCACACGCCUAACUCGUGUUUUCCUGGACAAAGUCAACUGGGACAACACAGGAGCAGCGAUCACCCGCAAGCUGCUGACCGAGAUCUUCGAUCGGAUGCCACUCUCUGACUACACUUUGUCGGGCAAACCUUCGCCCGCUUUCAAGGACUGUGUGAUGCCAGUCAAGGCCAAGCUGGAUCCAGUUCGGGUUGCUGAUUUGGUCUACUUUAUGACCUCUUGCUUUGACAUGACUGCUCGGGAGGUGCGCACCGCCAUCACCACCAAAUGCGCUGACGAGACAAAGAUGCAGCGUCAACGCGAAUUGCGUGAGGAAAUAGAAAAGGCGAGAAAAGAGGCAGAGCGGUUGGGCAUCGAGUUUGUGCCGCCGCAACAUCUAGUGGUGGCAUUGAAAAAAUUGGAGACUCAGGGAGCCAAGAAGCGUCGUCGUCGCCGCACUAAGAAAUAUUAGAUCAAUCAAUACAAUCAACUACAUGCAUUAUACAUCGGCCCAGCCACAUGUGGAAAUGGUCCAGUGUAUCCCAUUCAGAUGAUGAAAAACCAAUCAAUCUAUCCCAAUCAAUCGAACCAAUCAAACAAAACAAAACCAAACAAAACAAACAAUCACAAUUACCCGUGCUCUCCUUACAUGCUCUACGAUCCAUUUCGUGGCAACAACUGUGGCUUCCUUGUGGCAUUAUGCUCCCCAGAAUCUGAAUCGCGCCGAUCGAUUUUCUAUUAUUGCCUUAUUAUUUUUCUCAUACUUAGUUUGUAAUUUUGAAUUUUGAACUACCCAGAAAAAAAUUGUCAAAAAUGUAAAAAAAAAUCACAUACUUAGUUUGUAAUUUUGAAUUGAACAAAAA